CCCACCGAUAUGAGAACCUAUAAAGCGUCUCAGCGGGUGUCUGACAGCGGAGCGUCGUCAUCUGCCUCUUCAUCCUCUUGUCGACCUGCAGACUGACGUGGAUUAACCGUUCUUUUGUGUUUCCAGGGUAGCGUACAGUAGAAGCAGCCAUGGCUCAUGGAUGGGGAUACGGAGCAACUGACGGACCUGACAAAUGGGCAGAAAAUUUCCCCAUAGCGAAUGGGCCCAGACAGUCUCCCAUCAACAUUGUCCCCAAGGAGGCUCAAUACGACUUCUCUCUGAAGGCUCUGAAACUCAAAUAUGAUCCCUCCAAUGCCAAGGGCAUUCUCAACAAUGGACAUUCCUUCCAGGUGGAUUUUGUGGAUGACACAAACAGUUCUACCCUCACUGGGGGUCCUAUUUCUGGAACCUACCGUCUGAGGCAGUUUCAUUUCCACUGGGGAGGCACUGACGACAGAGGCUCUGAGCAUACUGUCAACGGCAUCAAUUUCCCCUGUGAGCUUCACCUGGUGCACUGGAACACAAAGUACCCCAGCUUUGGAGAGGCAGCUGACAAGCCUGAUGGACUUGCUGUGGUCGGGGUUUUUCUAAAAAUUGGUGCAGCCAACCCCCGGCUUCAGAAAGUUCUGGAUGCCUUGGAUGCUAUUAAGAACAAGGGAAAGCAGACAACCUUUGCUAACUUUGAUGCAAAGUCUCUUCUUCCUGGUUCCCUGGAUUAUUGGACCUAUGAUGGCUCUUUGACAACUCCACCCCUCUUAGAGAGUGUCACCUGGAUCGUUCUCAAGGAGCCAAUCAGUGUCAGCUCUGCACAAAUGGUCAAGUUUCGCAAGCUUCUCUUUAGUGGAGAAGGAGAGACUCCAUGCUGCAUGGUGGACAACUAUCGUCCCCCUCAGCCUCUCAAGGGCCGUCAGGUUCGCGCCUCCUUCAAAUAAACCCUGCUUCACCAUCCUUCCACCCUUGCCUAUUUACUUAUCCAUCCUAUGUUAAACAUUCCUACUUGUACCGUUCUCUACAUGCAGUCUUUACUUAUUUCAUUUUAGCAAAAUUGGCGUCAACUUGAAAAGUCACAUUACUAAUGAAAGGAAAGAAAUCCUCAUUUUGUCUUUAACAUUUGAAGUAUACAUCCGAUUUUCUUUAGCCAUUCUAUAAUUGGUAAUUGAACAUAUAUUGUUCCUGAUAGCAUUAAUUGAUGUGUACCAACAAAAUCUUUCUGGAAUGGAGUCUUAUUUUAAAACUUGGAAUACUUGGAAUUUCAUAUUUAAAAAUAAAUGUUACAUUUGUGUUACUAUACAAAAUUCCUAUAAACAUAGGAAUUUAAAUAGUCAAAAAUAUUAUAGUGAGCAUUAUUGUACUCAAAGAAAACAGACUUCUUUGACAACUGUGUAAUAUGACAUCAUUUCUGCUUCAUACAACAAUUCAGAAACACAUCUAGCCCAGCUAAAUUUGAUAUAGGCCUGUUUACUGGGGAAAGAAAUCGGCAUCUUUUUAAAAAUCUAAGUGUUUGAAACUUUGCCUUGUUUGAAAAUGAAAGCCUUUUUCAACUUUUUGAAACUCUUUCUAUGCAUUUGAUUGUGUUUUAAAUUAUGCUGCAGCUGCCAAGAUUGUCAGAGCUAAUGUAUUUAUUCAAUGCCUCACUUUUUACUUUGAGAUCAAGUGGUCAAUCCAGCAAUGACAGAAAAUGUGGAUACAACAUUUUGUGGGUGUGGCUGACAGGCCCCACUACAGACUGUACAGCACUGGGAGCCACCAGCCAUCAAGUCGCGCUUUUAUGCUAGCAGAUUUUACUUUUCAUUACCACAAUGUUAUGGAAUGCCACAGUCGUGGUGAAAGGCAGUUCCACCUGUUUUCUUCCAACCAGAGGCCAUGUCAAGGCAGAUGCAUGUAAAUAGAACAUAAAUCAUUCUUCUCUUUGUUGGACUUCCUUCCACCGUAGAUAAAUAUAUUAAAAAAACAAAAAUAAAAAAUCUGUUUAAGCCCUACUGACACGUUAUUGUGGGCAUAAAUUCAGCCCAUCAGUGGCUUGACAGCAUAGUCUCUUGAUUUUUAUAGAACUAAACUAACAACUAAACUACCUUAUCACCUCAGUGCAUUAAAUGUUGCAAUUUAGGGCCAGUUUAUGACUUAACACACAAUUAGCACAUCAGUUCAAAAUUUAAAAAUGUGUAUUUGAUCAGUUCUUCAGUCAACUGAACUUAGAUCAUUAGCAGAUAUUUUUAAGAGACCAGAGCAAUGUUACCUUUUGGUUUGUAUGUAGAAUGUUAAGCUUUCAGGGUGUGACUAUUGUCAAACAGCUUUAAGCCCUUAAAGUGCAUCUUUUACACUGCUGUGAAAUAAAAAUGGAAAAAAG